UUUCUGCACUUUCAUUUUACCAGCCAAAAGAGGGAGAGAACGAGGCCCUGCUUCUAAAUCUAUUAAUAGACCAGGCUAUGAGGAUGGCCAUGUGUGUGUGUGUAUACGUGCUUGACUUGUGUGUCUUACCGAGAUGGUAGAGGGCACGGGGGUGUGACUCCAGCAAUAUCAAGACGCUCAACGCCUAAGAAGAAGAACUCAGCUGGGGAAGAUUCUGUAUCCUUAUGCCUAAUAACUGACCUGUUAAUCAGAAGUCGAACCCGUCUACAACACGAGCACCAGCCAUGAACAAGAGCAAGACUAGAGAAGAGAAAGGUGAAGCUGAGGAGAAGGUGUCAGAAAGGAGAGCUCCUCUGACACAGGCGGCUCCUGGCGCUCCGGAUGGUGUCUUUCAGUCUCCGGGGAACCUUUUCUCGGCCAUCCUGAGCCGCAACGAGGCCGUCAAAGAUGCCAAGAGGCUGAAGGACUUCGUAGAGCUCAGGGACAAAUACGUCCGCCAGAAGGUCCUGUUUAAAGACCCGCUGUUCCCUGCGGACGACUCGUCUCUUUACUACAGCCAGAAGUUCUCUCUGAAUCUGGUGUGGAAGCGUCCCUCGGAAAUUUGCAAAAAUCCACAAUUCAUUGUUGGCGGAGCAAACAGGACGGAUAUCUGCCAGGGAGACUUGGGUGAUUGCUGGCUCCUGGCUGCUAUCGCCUGUCUGACUCUGAAUGAAACUCUCCGGUACAGAGUCGUUCCACCAGACCAGAGCUUCAGUGAAAACUAUGCAGGCAUUUUCCACUUUCAGAUCUGGCGCUAUGGUGAGUGGGUGGACGUCCUUGUGGAUGAUCGGCUUCCAACCUACAAAAACCGUUUGGUGUUUACUCGGUCGAGGAACCAGAAUGAGUUCUGGAGCGCUCUUCUGGAGAAAGCUUAUGCCAAAUUGCAUGGCUCCUAUGAAGCUCUGAAAGGUGGUAACACAUUGGAAGCCAUGGAAGACUUCACUGGUGGAGUAACAGAAUACUAUGAGAUUACAGACGCGCCCAAAGAAAUAUACAACAUUAUGAAAAAGGCCUUGGAAAGGGGUUCACUUAUGGGUUGCUCCAUAGAUGCUUUGGUGCCAUCUGCUAGUGAGACCAAAACUUCUACAGGUCUAGUACGAGGCCAUGCUUACUCAGUCACAGGUGUUGAGCAGGGUCAACAGCAGGACUGCAGGGACACUCGGAUCCGUCUGGUGCGAAUCCGUGACCCAUGGGGAGUUGCUCCGCCACCAUCUUGCAAAUGUAAUGACUGGGAACAGCUUGCGUCUUCUCAGCAAGACAAGCAGAAACUUGAACCUGUUGGGCCAGGGGAGUUUUGGAUGUAUUUUGAGGAGUUUCAAAAAAACUUCACCAAGCUUGAGAUCUGCAAUCUGAGCCCUGAUGCCCUGCAGGAUGACGAACUGCUCAAAUGGACCGUAUCGGUGAACGAGGGCCGCUGGGUGAGAGGCUGCUCUGCUGGCGGCUGCAGGAAUUACCCGGACACCUUCUGGACAAACCCUCAGUAUCGACUGCGUCUUACCGAGGAAGAUGACGAUGAGCCGGACCACGGGGAAAAGGGCUGCACUGUGGUGGUGGCGCUCAUGCAGAAGGGCAGAAGGAGGGAGAGCUACGCAGGAGCCACGCUGCACGCUAUUGGCUUCGCCAUCUACGAGGUUCCAAAGGAGAUGCACGGUAACAAGCAGCACCUUCCUAAAGACUUCUUCCUUUACAAUGCUUCGAAGGCCCGCUGUAAAUCCUACAUCAACCUGCGCGAGGUGACGGAGCGUUUCUGUCUGAGGCCUGGGGAGUACGUCAUCGUCCCGUCCACCUUCGAACCUCACAAAGAGUCCGACUUCCUCCUCAGGGUUUUCUCUGAGAAGAAGAGCACAUCAGAGUUGAUGGGCGCGGUGAUCGAGGCUGAGCCGUAUGUGUUGGAAAGUGAAAAGAAGAAAAUUACGCUCUUUGAGGAAGAAGAGAGCGAGGAGGAGAAACAGUUCAGAGCCAUUUUUGAGCAGAUUGCUGGAGAUGAUAUGCAGAUCAACGCCAAAGAGCUGGGGAUCGUCCUCAACAAAGCAUUGAGCAAAUACAAAGAGCUGAAAGCACAAGGCUUCAGUCUGGAUAGCUGCAGAAGCAUGAUAGCACUCCUGGAUACUGAUGGGACAGGGAGAUUAAACCUGCAGGAGUUCAAACACUUGUGGACGAAAAUCAACCAGUGGAAGACAAUCUUCACCCGCUAUGACACGGACAAAUCUGGUACCAUCAGCAGCUUUGAGAUGAGAAAUGCUGUUGCUGAUGCAGGUUUUCAGCUCAACCCCCAGCUUCAUGACAUCAUUGCGAUGCGAUACUCCAACGAGCACUUGUAUUUGGAUUUCGACAGCUACAUCUGCUGUUUAGUGCGACUCGAGGGAAUGUUCCGAGCUUUCAAAGCCUUCGACAAGGAUGGAGACGGUCUCAUCAAGCUCAAUGUCCUAGAGUGGCUUCAACUGACCAUGUACGCAUAGAGAUCAGAACAAUCUUAAAACACUCCCAACACUACCAAGACAGUGGAAUAAACACUAAUGAUGUGAAUACGGCUUUUCCCUGACAGUAAAUCCAGGAAAAACUACACUGAAUACAGACAUUAUUAUUAUUAUUAAUUUUUUUUGCCAACAUGAUUUUGAUGUAUUUACUCCUGUUUACUCCUGUGAAACUUUCUAAACAUUUUGUGGUGCUUCAAUUUAUUACACACUCUAUGCAGGUAUGUUUUUUUUUUUCUCCUUUUUUUUUUUUUUUCAUUUAUUCGAUACCUAAGGGAAAUAUUGAAAAUGCAAUUCAGAUUUUUUUAUUAAUGAAAAUUUGACUGUUUGUUAAAUUUAUUUUGAACAAGACAAGAAUACCAACAGCAUAUACAGGAAAUAAAGUAAAAAAAAAAAAAAAAAUACAGAAAAUAACUAAACAUAUUUCCAUAACCAUACAUACAGUAUUGUAUUUCCAAAAAUAAGUAGGAAGAUGUUUACAUUCUAUAAUCAACUAUCUUACAAAUAAAGAGCUAAUAAAAAAUACAACACUUAUGAGGGUGAGUCAAAAAUUAUCUGCACUCAGGUUAUAUUAAAACUUCUGCUGGUCUUAUCAGCGCUUUUCGUUUAAGGCCACCGUCUCCCCGGUCACCGCUGUGCAGGUGUGAACGUGUUACAUCAGUUCAUUUGUAACUGCGGUGCGAGCCAAAACGGAUGCCCCAGUUGUUAUUUGGCUGUAUCUGGUACUAAAACAAGUCAAAUAAAGCACUUAAACAAAAGUGUUUGAAUAUCUGCAAACAAAAUGUCUAAAUAAAGUGAAAG